CGGAGCGCAACGUCGCGUGGCUUUAGCGGACCCCUGCUCCGUCCCGCUACGUCGUCGGCUUCGAUAUUGACCAAGGCAACAAACGCGCCAAUCUGCACCAUUGCGAACCGCGAUUGAAUAUAUGGCAGGCGUAGUGCUCCAAAUUCCGAAGAAUCUUCAGCAAAGUCACAAAAGCACUUUCGAUUACCAUCACACGUCUUGAUGGCCGCGGACUGGACCGCUGGCACAACGCCAGCUUCCAAUGGACUUGGUCCGGCACUUGUCCGCUUCACCACCGAGAAGGCCUUUCCGGAUGAGACAAUAUCCUCGCUCAACAUCAAACCUGAUGAGCUUCCGGCUGCAAUCAAAGCGCUAGAUGGUGCCAAGGCGAAACUUGAGCAAGACAUACAUCAAAUCAACCAAGAGACUGCAGACGAUGUUAACACUUGGUACAAUAAUGCCAAAGUGCUCCAGGACGACAUCAACCGCUCGAAACAAAUCGCCAACGACAUAAUAAGACAGUCUGAGGAUCCUGAAACGUCUGGCAAGACGGUUGAAGAAGCAGAGGCAAGAGCUGCAUUCCUCAUCCGAGAGUUGAACUACAAUGAUGAACUUAUACAGACUCUGAGGGCCAUCAAAGCCAUCAAUACCAUUCUGGAUGAGGUCGAACAGGCUUGUGCGGAAAGGCGCAUAGUGGAUGCGUUGAGGCUUCUUGAACAGUCAUGGGAAAAUCUGGAUAGUAUAUCCAAUAUCGGCUCCACCAAGGCUAUUAAACUCCUGAAUGUUCGCGCAUUUGAGCUCAAGUCGGAUGUACACCAAGUCUGUGACCAUGUGUGGAAGUCUCUUGUGCAUUUGGAUGAGACCAAGAGCCAACUGUCAGUGCAGCAGACUUGCGAAGGCGAGCCCAUGAACCUCUCAGAUGCUGUUAUUGGCCUGAAGGCCUACAAGGAGGUCGACAAGCGCAUGACUGACCUUUGGCUUGGCCUUGACCGGUUGAUCAUUGGCCCACGAAUGAACCUCCGCGGCAAGGUCCUUCCCGCAAUCAAAGUUGGGGAGAAUUCUGUCCAGGCAACAGGCCAGGCCGACAAAACGGUCAAGUCUCUGUUCUCAGAUCUCACGCAAAUACUUGAAUUUCUCGCCAAAGUGCUUCCAAGCGAUCUUGUACAGUCAAUAUCGGCUAUCAUGAUGCCAGAAGUGACGACAAGGAUAGUUCAUGUAUGGCUGGAUUCUGUUGUGCCAUCGUCUCUGGCGGAAAUGGCCGAAUUCGAACCAGUCAUAGCUUCAGCACGAGAAUUUUGUGAAUCAUUGCGAAGACUGAAGUAUGAAGGCUAUGGUGAGCUUCAAGAAUGGGUUGAUAGCGCCCCGAAAGUGUAUCUCUCAAAAUGCAGGGCAGCAGCUUUGGAUUCAGUGCGGGUGAAGCUCACAGGCGGGCUUGGACCUCCGAAAGAGGUUGAGCGAGUAGAGACGCAGACGGUGACCAGGUCAGAAGGCAAAGAAUUGGCUGCGAGUGGCCCAUCGGCGGCGGGUGCCGUCGCAUCUGAUGACCAUGGAUGGGACUCAGCGUGGUCUGAUCAUGAAGAUGAGGCGCAAGCCUCAGCGGAGGCCUCAGCAAUCAAUCCACCUUCCACAGUAGAGCCGGAGGACGACGGGGCCGACGCUUGGGGAGCAUGGGGCGGCGACGACGAUGAUGCCCAGCAAAGCAAAUCCACGGACCCUUCAACAGAAUCGACACAAAUAGCAAGCACUGCCACUGAAGAAGCCGUCAAAGAAGAAACCGGUGACGAUGAGGCAGAUGGUGCGGAUGCUUGGGGUUGGGGCGACGAGACCACUGGUGAUAGCGAAGCUGUCGCUCAACCUGAAUCUCCAGUAGCUUCAAAAUCUCAGCCCGCUGCCAAAGGCGGAUCUAGUACACGCGAGAUGACGCUAAAAGAGACAUACCACAUCUCAUCUAUGCCAGACCCAGUUCUUUCUCUUAUUUUUGCGCUUAUCGAGGAUGGUGCUGCGCUGACGAAGCAGAGCUACCAAAACAGCCCGGUUGUUGCCGCUGCGGCCGGUCUCUUCAGUGUGCCGACGCUUGUGCUGGCAAUGUUCCGAGCAAUAGCGCCAUACUAUUAUACAUCCGAGGUUGGCGGAAACAUGUAUCUUUAUAACGAUGCAUCAUAUCUUGCAGAAAAACUGGGAGAUUUUGCCUCCAGUUGGAAAGCCAGGGAUGACUUGACGCCUCGAGCCCAGAAUAUGCUCAGGAUAGAAAAUGACAUCAAGGCGUUGCAAGGGUUUGCAAAUCGAGCGUACAGCAACGAGAUGAAUACCCAAAAAACGAUAGUCAAAGAUCUUCUUGGCGGCGAGCAAAGUGUGAUGCAGCAAAACUUUGUCGAAGCAGCCAUAGACCAAGUUAGAUCAAUAGCCGGGGCCUGGGACGGUAUCCUGGCCAAAUCAGCAUGGUUCCAGGCCGUCGGCUCUCUGGUUGAUGCUGUCUCUACGAAAGUCAUCAAAGACGUCAUGGACAUGCCGUCCAUUGGCGCGGAUGAGAGCUACAAUAUUGCCAGUAUGAUCGACAAAAUCACUGGGCUCGAUGACCUCUUCCCGCCGAUCCGUACUGCCGACAGCGAAGCUGAUGGUAGCUUCGAGAUUCCAUCUACUUCCCAGUACGUUCCGUCUUGGCUACGUCUCGGGUACCUCUCUCAAGUACUGCAGUCCAACCUUCGUGACCUGCGGUACCUGUGGCUCGAAGGCGAGCUGAGUCUGUACUUCACAUUGGAGGAGGUUCUCGACCUUAUUGAUGUCAGUUUCGAGGACAACUCAAGGACACGUGAGGUUGUCAAGGAGAUCAAAGCCAACCCUCAGCCUAUUCAGAUAUAAUGUUGUGGCAAGAUAAACAGUGACGCUGAAGCAUUUGAACAUGUUUGUUAACAGUAUCCUACUGUUUACGCCUGUCAAUUUCUCUCAAACCUUGCAAAUAACAUUGGAUUUGGUGAUCACAAACGUCAUACUUGUGAAGACAUUUAUGUGUCAGGUCAGGCUUGAUGAGGAGGUUAGAUACUGGCCACAAGACCCUUUACAUAUGUGAAAGAUCCUUGGACAUAUGUUUCUCGUGUCCCACGCGAUAGCUUGAACCUAUAAUUACUGUGAUACAUUGAAACAGUAGUACAUGCUGACAGUGGAGGAAGUUGAGAGCGUGAUAUUACACACGUGGCGAGGAGAAUGAGCCCAUUCAUGAUCAAGGGCACGCCCUCAAGACGAGGGAGUGCAUUCAGCAUAAGUUUGCCUUCUUGGAGUGACAUGCGCCUUACCUGUUGCGCGUUGAGGUCGAGACGCGCCGAUGCAGAAUCAUGCUAUACAUGCUCGGGCCUUUGGUUGUCGGAGUUCUCGCCCUCUGGGUUGCCUUCCAUGGGCUUGCAGAUGCCACGAGUAUGUCGGGUGGUCCGCCCGACGGAUCUUGGGUGACGAAAGGGAUACGGGGAAACGGGUAGUGACAUAAUGGGAGGACUUUUUUCUCACCACUGUCAGCCCCCGUCGAACCUUGGCCUCCUUGGCUGUAAGAGGGCAAGCGAGCUGCGGAUAUU